UCGUCCUCCAGCCUGAGCAACAAGAGCAAAACUCCGUCUCAAAUAAAAAUAAGAUUCUAGUGGAACUCCUGUAUGAAGUAAAAGGGAGUGCUCAAAUUAAUGGAGGGAGGAGUACCCCCUACCCCCCUAGGGUUCCAGGGAACACAGUUUGAAGACCAUUUGGUCUGCUCACCACAAGGCCCCUUUAUACCUACUCUCCUGGGGUUCCAGUGUUUAGGAUUACAAGAAGUGAGGGCUCUGGUUCCCAUAGGCCCAGGGAACCCAAAGGUAGGGAGUGUGGGGCAGUGGGAACCCCCUCCCCUCCAGCGAGUGUCACUCAUGGGCUCAAGAUGAGGUCUGAGUCUCAGGACCCUGGCAGCCUGGGGCCAGGAGGGCCAUCCUAGGAGCCCCUGGUGCCUCUCCAGCAUCUUCCACCCCACCGCGACCCUCUCCCACUUCCCACCGCUCAGGCCGGAGGUGACCCCUGUUUGUCUCCGGGAGCUGCUAAACGGAGAAGGGGAGGGGCUCUGCAGUGGCAUGGUGGUGGGAUGGUGAGGGGGAGGGAGUUGGGGGGCACCCAGACCUGGGAUCCAAGAGGCCUGCAGCCCCACCUCGCCCUCCCCCACUGGCAGAGGGAAGGGAGGGAGUUUCCUUUGGAUGGCAAUGAGAGCCCAGGUGGUGCAGUCUGAGAAGGGAACAGAUGCCCUGAAGGGCUGGCCCUGUCCAUGGCCCAUGGCUGCAGCCACUUGGCCUUUAGUUUGGUGCCCUCCAUACUCCCAGGGUUCCUCCUCAGGCCGACCCCCUCUGCUGUCUCCAUUCCCUAUUGGAUCAGAGCCCUGGGCACCCCCAGCCCGGGGCUCUGACCAGUGAGGGCUGGCUUACCUGGGAGGCACAGGCUGAUGGGUGGAAGGAGCAGGGUGUGCCUGCCUGCCCAGCGCUCCAGCUGUCCCCCCGGCCCUCACCGGGGCCUGCUGUGUGGCGCCUGGCGGCGCUAAGGUGGGUGGGCAGGAAACCCAAGCUGAGAGGACAUCAAUCAUUCAUGGGGCUGCUUGCCGGGAAACCCUAACCCUGGCCCAGUAGGGCCAAGUGACCAGCCAGACCCCCUCCCCCAGCCCUGAUGGACCUGGACAGUCAGACCCUCCUCCUCAGGGCUUCUCCAGCCGAGGGCAGACUCUAAGACUCCAAGGUCCACCUCCUCCCACAUCACCCGCCAUGCUCCUCGAUACGGCAUUCAAGGCAUCUGUGAUCUGGCCUCUUUCUCCAUUUCACAUGCCCUCUGCUCUGGCCAGGAUGUCACCCACGGGGGGCCCCAGUGGGCCACUAGCGCAUCCUUUCCCACCUCCCAGCUGUUGUCCACAUGCCUCCUCCCGCCUGAGGUGCCUUCCCUGGUCCUCUCUGCCUAACGGAGGCCUCCGCCCAUGUCACAACUGGGCUGAGUCUUCUGUACCCUGGCAUUAUUCCCCAUGCUUUAUAGAUGGGGAAACUGAGGCUGGGAGGGGAAUUUGCUGGAUCCCCCAGCUAGUAAGUGGCAGAUCUGGCAUGUGAGGCUCAUGGCAGCCACCACGUCCUGGUGCCCCUUGCUUCUGAACAAGGACAGUUCUGUGGACCCAUCUGGCUCUGCCCUGGCCAGUCCUGAGGCAGAGGACUGGGAUUAGGGCUGGGGCUGCCUGCCUCACUUACCCUAAUCCCCCUCAGAGCCCGAUCCUAGGCUCUCGCCUCUAAGUCUGGGGGUGCAUAAGCAGCUUUAUGGGUCCUGAAAGUCAAGGGUGCCCAGGGGUGAUUUGUCUCUGAGCGCUGUUAUCCCUCCCCCAUGGCCACAGAGCAGGCAAGGGGGCAGCACGGCCCAGACCCGGCCACUGGCCCUCAGAAGCCCCCCGCGGGGGUUGUGACUCCCAAGAGUGAUGCAGAGGAGCCCCCGCUGACCAGGAAGAGGAGCAAGAAGGAGAGGGGGCUCCGAGGGUCUCGAAAGCGCACUGGCAGCUCUGGGGAGCAGUCAGGCCCCGAGGCCCCGGGGAGCAGCAGUAACCCUCCCAGGACUGGAGAGGGCCCAGUGGGGGCACCCCCUGCAUCCCCUGGGCCGGCCUCUUCUCGCCAGUCCCACCGACAUCGUCCUGACUCCCGGCACGACGCAGCUCAGAGGACAUAUGGGCCCCUGCUCAAUCGAGUCUUCGGGAAGGACCGCGAGCUGGGCCCCGAGGAGCUAGACGAGCUUCAGGCCGCCUUCGAGGAGUUUGACACUGACCGUGACGGCUACAUCAGCCACCGGGAACUGGGUGACUGCAUGCGGACCCUGGGCUACAUGCCCACCGAGAUGGAGCUCCUGGAGGUCUCGCAGCACAUCAAGAUGCGCAUGGGUGGCCGUGUGGACUUUGAGGAGUUUGUAGAACUGAUAGGCCCAAAGCUGAGGGAGGAGACGGCGCAUAUGCUGGGGGUGCGAGAGCUGCGCAUCGCCUUCCGAGAGUUUGACAGGGACAGGGAUGGACGAAUUACAGUAGCGGAGCUGCGGGAGGCUGUACCGGCUCUGCUCGGGGAGCCACUGGCUGGUCCUGAGCUGGACGAGAUGCUCCGAGAAGUGGACCUCAAUGGGGAUGGCACCGUAGACUUUGACGAGUUUGUGAUGAUGCUUUCCCGCCAUUGAGGCUCCAGGAGGGAAUAUCUGUUGCCCCUGCGGCCCCAGACACCAGCCGGACCCAGACUACGGCUCUCCCCCAGGAGCCUCCAGGAUGGAGAUGGAGGAGACCCAGCAGCCCCUAGACUUCUUCUGUCCCUGAAAACACCUGGCCUCAAGGUCUGCUUGUUAUGUUACCCACCCAUCCUCAUCCUUACCUCCCCUACUCAAGCUGCCUGGAGAAGACCUGCCCUCAGCGUCCACCGUUCCUCAGUGUGAGCAAGAUUUGGGUCUCUCCAGACCCCUGGGAGGUAGGGAGCUCGCUGGCACUGGUGGCAUGAGUGGGGACGCCCCAGUGGCAUGAGGAAUGGAGAAGAUGGCUGGACCCCUCCCAAUACUUAUAUUUAUAGUUUUUUUUAAUUGAAUGAACUUGAGCCAGGUGUGGUGGCUCACACCUGUAAUCCCAGCUGCUAAUGGGGCAGAAGCGGGAGAACAGCUUGAGUCCAGGAGUUUGAGACCUGCCUGUGCAAUAUAUUGAGACCCCCAUUCUCCACAAAAAGGAAAAAUAAAAGACAAAAAA